AUGAGUCAUAUGAGCAGAAUCGUCGCAUUUAUUACAAGUUGUACCAGUUGUGGAAUAUUUUGAGCAUGAUGUUGUGCAUGUAGUGCAAGUGCCUUGGCCAUUUGAAUAGAAUCCUGCCUUGCAGGCACACCGAAAAAUAUCAGUACUGAAAUUAGCAUUGAUAUAGCAAAGGUUAAGUUAAUAAUAAAUUUGGCAAGCUCAGAUAACCCCUAAGGCUGUUAGUCCCCCAUAGCUGAGGGCGAUAGAAGGCUUAGGGCUUAACUGUGUAGCACUCCAGAAGAAGGAAAAUUUAGGCAGGAGAUAUUUUUCAAGCCAGGAACAGCGUAUGAAAUAUAUUCUAGAUUAUGAGGACUGAAAAGCAUAGGAAGGUCUGCCAAUUUUUUGUGACAAGUUCGGCUCAAGCCUAUUAAAAGGUCACGUAUAAUACCAUUAAAAUUUAUCUAAUGAAAUGAAAUCAGCAUUGGGUCUUUGCAUUUGCAAGAAUUUGUGCCAAAAUCCAUAUGAUCAGAAUGGACACAUUCGUCACAAUUUGUAGCUGCUGCGGAGCAUUUAGAGCAGGAGGUUGACAAUCAGCACAAUCACCUAUGUCUGGUACUUUCCAGGGUCACACGCUGAUGGAUCCAAGCGUCUUUCUGCUUCACUGAUAUUAGUUUUAUAAGAUGCUGCUUGGUUAAAAUUUGGGGCUAUUUCAAAGUUUUUUUCCAUUGAAUUUCUCCUAUUUUUUUAUUUUGUUCAUCCCUGCUAUUAAUGAUGCCAUUUUUUUGGGUAUAUCUAUCAGCACCUUUACUUUAUAUUUUUGCAGAAUUUUCCCCGUUGUUAUAA